AUAGUCGACUGAAAGAUAUACAAAAACUACAACAUCCUUCAGUAGUUGCUUUGCCUUCUAGGAGCAAAGUUUCUAGUUCAAAACAUCAGCACCAAAAUAUGCAAAUAGAACAGCAAUAUUCAGAAGGCAAUACCUCAAUCCCACCGUCUCAAGCUACGCUGAGAAGUGAUGUUGGCCCUAUUACAAUAACGUUCAAUCGUCCACGCCUUAAUCCUUGUAACAGAAUUGGCGAAUUCAUAACAAAACAAACCGAUUUAUCAAUUUAA